AUGCACGAGCGGGAAGCGGAGUGGCUGCUGAAGGCGGAGAGGAGGGCGGCGAGCAGCGCUCGCCAAGUCGCGCCCCCCGCUAGCCCUGCUCAACGCGGCACACAAACACCGCCCUCCUCCGGCAGUGUCGUGUCGCCAUCCGUCAUCGCGCUAUCGACCCCCCUCUCGCCCCCGCACGCGCCCUCACACGAACCACCGCCGCCAGCGCGCCACCUUGCUCCCUUGCACAGCCCCACUCCCGCGCACGCCGCCGCUGACGCCAGCCCGUCGCCUCGUGGCCCGCCUCAUGGCGCGUCGCCCCUCGCGCCUCUCGCGCAGCAGGGUGCCCGCGGUGACUCCAAGCCAUCGCCGUCGCGCCACGUGCAGCGCGUGUUCGUGUCGCUCAUCGUGGUCUUCGCCGCGUCGCUGCUGCUCCUCUCGCAGCUCCCCUUCAUUAUGUCCGUGCUGUCCCCCUUUUUGUCGCCGUUCGAUAUAAGCGUGGAGGAGGCGGAGCAGGUGGAGCAGGCGGGGGCGGCGCAGGUGGGCGGCGUGUGGUCGCAGCUGCGGCAGCACCGCGGAAGCCUCGCGCUGCUCUUCCUCACGCGCGGCCCCAUCCCCCUCGCCCCGCUCUGGGAGAAAUUCCUCCGGGUGCGUCGCUGCCUCGUGCGCCUCCCCCCUGCGGCCCCCCUCUUCGUGCGUCCCAGCUCGUGCCUCCCCCCUCGUGCCUCCCCCCUCGUGCCUCCCCCCUCGUGCCUCCCCCCUCGUGCCUCCCCCCUCGUGCCUCCCCCCUCGUGCCUCCCCAAUCUGGCAUGUUGA